CAGUCUGUCGCUGAACGAAAGACAAGCAGAGCAGGGAGGAGGACGAGUGUGACAGAAAUCCUUUGACAGAUGAGAGAAGGGGAUUUAUGCCCUUUUCGCUGGUCCCAUUGCAGAUUUUGGAGGCACUUGUGAGAAGACUGAUAUCAACUUGCUCUUCAUUGCAGCUUCACUAAGGAUUCCUCCAAUCUGUGAACUGGUGGGCGUGUGACAUCACUCACUGCCCGUCUCUCCCUCCUUACUUCAUUGCAUCUGGCCAAUCAGCAAUCAAGGAGAUCCGGUUGCAUGAGAUCCCUCCCCCUCUGUCUCGGUUGCCACGACAACGAGCACUGGUCCAGGCAGCAUCUUGCUGUGGUGAGAAGAGGAGGGGUAGAGAAGGCAGGAGGAGAGGCAGACAGUGAGGGGGAACAGGAGGAAGGAAAAUAGAAAGAGAACAAUCCCAGCCAAAGGAAUAUCUUUUUUGGAUCUCCAGCUUGUCUUUCCUCUGUCCAAACGAAGAUGCUUGAGGCUGGGAGUUAAAGCCCUCCACCGGUGAGAGGCUGUCACAGGGCUGGGGCUGGACCCAGAGUCCCCUGCCUUGGAGGGGGUGAAGGGCCCUCACAGCCCUGCGUGAGUCUGGACCAUGGGGGAUGGAGGAGCCUGUGCAGCCGGAGGAGAUGGGGUGAACCAAUCCCAUGUCCUGUUUGACAACUUUGUCCAGGCGAGCACCUGCAAAGGCACGCUCAAGGCCUUCCAGGAGCUGUGCGAACACCUGGAAGUAAAGCCCAGUGAACACAGGAUCUUCUACCACAAGCUCAAGUCCAAACUUAACUACUGGAAGGCGAAGGCUCUCUGGGCAAAGUUGGACAAGAGAGCCAGCCAUAAGGAGUAUAAGAAGGGACGUGCUUGUUCCAACUCAAAGUGUCUGAUCAUCGGUGCGGGGCCAUGUGGCUUACGUACAGCCAUCGAGUUGGCUUUUUUGGGGGCCAAAGUGGUGAUUCUGGAGAAGAGAGAUGCCUUCUCUAGAAACAAUGUGCUCCACCUCUGGCCCUUCACCAUACAAGACCUCAGGGGCCUCGGGGCCAAGAAGUUCUAUGGGAAGUUCUGUGCUGGUGCUAUCGAUCAUAUCAGUAUUCGUCAGCUUCAGCUAAUGCUGCUCAAGAUGGCUCUCCUGGUUGGCAUUGAAAUCCAUGUCAACGUAGAGUUUAAGGGUCUUAUCGAACCCCCAGAAGACCAAGAGAGUGAGCGAAUAGGCUGGAGAGCUGAGGUCCACCCCAAGACACACCCUGUCAGUGAGCUGGAGUUCGAUGUCAUCAUUGGAGCAGAUGGAAGGAGAAACACACUACCAGGGUUUCGGCGUAAGGAAUUUCGGGGCAAGCUCGCCAUUGCCAUCACUGCGAACUUCAUCAACAGGAAUACAACUGCAGAGGCCAAGGUUGAGGAGAUCAGCGGUGUGGCCUUCAUCUUCAAUCAGAAGUUCUUUCAAGAUCUCAGAGAAGCAACAGGUAUUGACCUGGAAAAUAUUGUCUACUACAAGGAUGACACACAUUACUUUGUGAUGACUGCCAAAAAACAGAGCCUGCUGGAGAAAGGAGUCAUUCUGCAUGAUUACGCAGACACGGAGCUUCUGCUGUCCAGAGCUAACGUAGACCAGGCUGCUUUGCUGUCUUAUGCACGUGAGGCAGCGGAUUUCUCCACCAACCACCAGCUGCCCACUCUGGACUUUGCCAUCAACCAUUAUGGCCAGCCUGACGUAGCCAUGUUUGACUUCACCUGCAUGUACGCCUCAGAAAACGCCGCCAUGGUGCGCCAGCGUAAUGGCCACAAGCUGCUGGUGGCACUCGUAGGCGACAGCCUAUUAGAGCCCUUCUGGCCCAUGGGCACUGGCAUCGCCCGAGGGUUCCUGGCAGCCAUGGACUCAGCCUGGAUGGUGAAGAGCUGGGCUCAGGGAAAAUCUCCUUUAGAGGUUCUGGCUGAGAGGGAGAGCAUUUACCGACUUCUGCCUCAGACCACACCGGAAAACGUCAGUAAGAACUUCAGCCAUUAUAGCGUGGAUCCUACCACACGCUACCCCAACAUUAGCCUUAACUUCCUCAAGCCCAGUCAGGUGAGGCACCUCUUUGACACGGGGGAGUGCAGAGAAAUUCGUAUUGAAAUUGAGAAUGUGAUCAACUCGUCAACGCCAAAGUUGGCCAGAAACGAAUCCAUAGCUCGAUCCAGUAAACUACUCAACUGGUGCCAGAGACAAACGGAGGGAUACAGGAAUGUUAAUGUAACAGACCUUACCAUGUCUUGGAAGAGCGGCCUGGCGCUGUGUGCCCUCAUUCACCGAUACAGACCAGAUCUCAUUGACUUUGACUCCCUGGAUGAGCGAGACCAGGAGAGAAACAACCAGUUGGCUUUUGACGUGGCAGAGAAGGAAUUUGGCAUCUCGCCAUGUAUGACCGGCAAGGAGAUGUCUUCUGUGGUGGAACCAGACAAACUUUCUAUGGUCAUGUACCUCAGUCAGUUCUAUGAGAUGUUUAAGGACACAGUGCCACCUGGAGACAACCACAACUUGAGUCCAGAGGACAAGGCUGCACUGAUAGCGAGCACCAAGUCUCCCAUCAGCUUCCUCAGCAAGCUGGGUCAGAGCAUAGCCAUCUCCAGGAAGCGAAACCCCAAGGACAAAAAAGAGAAGGAUGUAGAUGGUUUGGGGAAAAGAAGGAAAACCAGCCAGUCUGAAGAUGAGGAAGUUUCUAGGACCGGUCUCAAUGACAGGCCUGCUAUCCUGUCGGAGAGAAAAAUGGACUCUGCUGCUGUAGGGAACAACAACAAGGUGAAGGUCAUGGCCACCCAGCUGCUCGCCAAGUUUGAGGAGAACGCUCCUGCUCAGUCGGCAGGACUCAAAAGACAGGGGGACUCUCUGCCCAAUCUGGACCUCCUUUUGCCCCUUUCCCCACCACAGACCCCUAUGAAUGAGCCAGUACGCCUGGCACCUGUCCCGGCAUGGAGAAAGGCCAGAGGUGGUGCAGACCAAGUGUCCAACUCAGGCUCUCGGAGCUGCCCAAAGAAAACCAUUCUGCUUCCUUCUUCCUCCUCCACUUCCUCGCUCUCUCUUCACUCAGAGAAUAUUCAUCCAGAAGAAGAGGAGCUUGAAUACUACGAAAGGCCUCUGCCACAUGGGGAGUGGAGGCCAAUGCAGCAAACUGACCAAGGACCCAUUCGCAUACCGGGUAUACAGGAGAGGGCAGACCGCCUUAUCUCCAAGUUUAAGGGCAAAUAUGACAAGCCGCCAAAGCCUAAGAAAAAGCCCUCCCGUUUCUUUUUAGAUCAGUGGUACUUAUCCCGAGGUCUGAGUCCUGGUUCACCGCUAUCCUCUCCCGAUGCUUCCAGAAAGGAGCCGGCAAGGCCUCUGGACUCCGGCCAAAUGCCUGUAUAUGUACUUAGUAUUCAGGAGAGAGCUGAACAACUUGCCUUUCAGUUGGAGGGCAAGCCAGUCAGACCACAGCCUAAGAAAAAACCCUCACGUUUUUUUAUGGAGCAGUGGCACCUGGCCCGAGCCCAGAGCCCCCCCGAUUCUCCUCUCUCCACAUCUGACUCUUUGAGACAGCGCUAUGUAAAGAUGUACACGGGGGGAGUUAGCUCAUUGGCUGAGCAGAUAGCCAGUCAGCUUCAGUCUCAGGAAGAGUCCAAGCCCACACAUGAACCUGAAAAGAGGGAUUUGGGCUCUCUGAGAAAAGAGUUUCCUGUCAACAUUGGAGGCAGCGAUGUCUGCUUCUUCUGUCGAAAGCGCGUGUACGUGAUGGAAAGGCUGAGCGCAGAGGGGAAGUUCUUCCAUCGCAGCUGCUUCAAGUGUGACUACUGCGGCACAACGCUACGCCUGUCCUCUUAUGCCUUUGAUGUAGAGGAUGGGAAAUUUUACUGCAAGCCUCACUACUGUUACCGUCUGUCUGGCUAUGCUCAGAGGAAGAGGCCUGCUCCCUCUCCUGCUCCAGUCUCAGCUAAGGAGAACCAGACACCCCAAACUCCCACGGCGACCGUAGAUGCCCCCAGAAGGGCGAUGGCAGCAGCAGCUCCCUUGGCCGAGCUCCAACCCUCAGAGCCGGAGGUCAACGGCCUGCAGGAGCCCAGUUUAGCAAAACGACUGCGGGGAACUCCAGAGCGCAUUGAGCUGGAGAACUACCGUCUGUCCCUGCAGAGGGAGGAGGAGCUGGAGGAGGUGCCUGAGGAGACGCUGGCGGAACACAACCUCAGCAGCGUGCUGGACAAGGCCACAGACGCCGACCUGGGCUCCAGCAGCUCAGAGUCGGACAUGGAGGAGGAGGAUGAGCAGGAGGAUCAGGACCAGGAGGAGGUGGAGGUGGAAGAGCAGCUUCCCAACCCUUCGGACCUCGGCGGCGUUCCCUGGAAGGAGGCUGUAGAGCUCCACGCCAAACUGAGGGGUGACCAAGACGAGGAGGCAGAGAACAAGGCUGUGGCCGACACAGUCAGCAGGGAUGGAGAUGUAGAUGAAGAGGAGGAAGAAGAGGAAGAAGAUGAAGAGGGGGAGGAAGAUGAUGAUGAUGAAGAAUCUAGUGAUGAGGGAGAUUAUUGCCCCUGGGAUAGCGAGCUCCAGUCAGGCCUUUGGCUGGAGAAGUUCCUAACUGACGAAGAGGAUGUUGGUACAUUUAAAGUCAGGAACCUACAGAUCCAACAAGCUCUGCAACCCGUGGAUCCACAUGCCAUUCCAGGUUUGGCUAGAAAACACCUGGACUCAGAGGGAGACAAGGACGGCCAGCUGGCCUCAGCCCUCCAGCUCUCCCAGCCCUCUGAGCUCACGCAGCCCUCCUCCACAGCUCCUGCCCACACAUCCACCCGACACGAGGCAGUGAGAGUCUGGUUGGAGUCCUUGUCCGGAGAACCCUGUGAAGAUGAAGAACUGGAAGCUGAAGCAGACGGUCCAGACAUGGAGCCGGGUACAGAGUUUGAUCAGGAUGACAUCCCUUCUGAUGCAGAAGCUGAGGCUCGUUUGCACCAGUCAGAGCACAAAGAAGCUUCUCCUGAGGAGGACAAGGAAGGAGAAAGUCUGGGGAUGGCCUCCAGUUUUGAACCAUCCAGUAUCAUCCCAGUGCAGAAGGAGGAUGUGGUUUUUCCUUCCCUGAAACCAUCACCAGAGCCUGAAACGGAGGUAACUCCGGUGAAAUCUCCCAGCACUCGUUUUUUCUCAGAUCCGUUCCUACCUGAAGAAGCGAAGCCUGAGAAGCCGACUGUGUCUCCUGCUGUCAGAAGCCCACUGAGCCCGUCUCCUGCUCCCUCUGCUCCGUCUCCCACUGCUGCUGCUUCCCCCGUCAAGGUCCCUGCCUCUUCUCCUCCCGCCUCAGCCACCACAUCAUCUGUCCCCUCUCCAGUGAAGCCAGCCAGCGACUCACCUGUCAGAUCUCCGGUCAGGUCGCCACUUAGCUCACCAAUCCGUUCCCAGCCCACCUCCCUGCCAGAGUCUCGCAAACCUAAAUCUCCAGUCUACCCUCAUCGCUCCAUUUGCCCUCUCACAGGAAACCCUCUUUCCCCGAUCUGUGCCCAACCUCUGCCCUGCCAUGAGCCCUCGUCACCGCUCGCCUCCGAUUCACCCGUCAGAACUCAGCCUGUCCCUGCUGUCACAUCCACACCCAUGACCACAACCGACAGGGCUACACCUGAGCUUUCAAAGUCUUCAGACUCUUUAACCGAGGAAAGUCAAUUGAAAAAGGCUGACAUUAUUGAGGAAUUCUGGUUGAAGAGUGCUGAGAUAAGGAAGAGCCUUGGCUUGUCUCCUUUGGACCGCAGCAGCAAAAUCUUGGAUAAGAGUGUCGUAAAGACACCGACACAGGACACCACCCCGGCUAAGAUACAGUCACCAGAUGUGUCUGAGGAGCAGAAGCCCGCCUUCACCGGCCGGACUGUCAUUCGCAGACUAAACAUCACUCUUGAGGGUCAGGUCAUUACUCCAAUUGCUCCUGCAGAGGCCAAGAGCGAUGGCUCUGAGAAGAAGGACAUCAGUAGCAGCUCAGGUUUGGGCUUGAACGGAAGCAUGGUGACAAGCCAAACGGUGAACAGCGACAGCUAUAACACAUCUGACUCUGCAAUGCUCACCCCACCCUCCAGUCCACCACCGCCUGUGCCUGCUAAUCAGUCUCCAGCUGUGUUCCGGCAGCAGCGACACCAGGUGCCCUGGAACAACGGGACAGAAAAACCUCCAUCUGAACAGGCCAGAACCAAGACUCCUGUUCCUGCACCCAGGACUCAGCUGAGCCCCGUGUCUGCGCCCAAACCUGCACCCAGGAAACUCCCCUCACCUCAGGCAGCUCCGGAAACUACUCCAGUGGUUGUAAUGAGGGAGAAGAAGAAGCCUCGGCCGGAGGAAAUGAGAAAAUCAUUUGUAGAAACGGUUGAGGAGAUUCCAUUUGCUGAUGAUGUGGAGGAGACUUACGAUGAGCGGACACCCGAAACGAGCAUGAAUAAGUAUUACACUCCACCCACUAGCAAGCCCAACAAACCUCCCCUGCAUCUGGCACUAGCGAUGGAAAACGGUAAACCCAACAUCCCAGUUAACUCGCUUCAUAAGACCCAGAGAGCAACUCGGUUCUCUCCUGAGGCAAAAGAGAUCGCAGAGGAGAGAAUCAGGGCCAGAGAAAAGUCCAUCAAGAGCCAGGCUCUGAAAGAUGCCAUGGCCAAGCAGCUAAACAAAAUGAAAGAAUCUGACAUAGACAAGGGUGCCUCACCUAAAGUAGCCUGGAGCGUAACCCCAGAUUCAUCUGUAAAAACUAAAAAGUCAGCUGGCUCUCCAAAAGCAUCAGCUGUUAAAGCUUUGGAGUCAAAGAGGGCAGAGGCUGUGCCCGAGCGUUUCUUCAGCAGCAACAAAAGUCUGGACAGCUCAGUGGCUUCCUCAGAAGGCUCCUCGGCAAGCAAAAGUAAGAAGCGAAGCUCCCUUUUCUCGCCUCGGAAGAACAAGAAGGAGAAGAAAGCCAAGAAUGACAGCAGCAGAAACUCAGGCGCUGAAGAGACGCCACCCAAACACAAGUCAUUGUGGAAGGCUGUCUUCUCAGGGUACAAGAAGGACAAGAAGAAGAAAGAUAACAAGUCAUGUCCGAGCACGCCGUCAUCCAGCUCCACUACUCAGGACUCUGAAGAGAAGAAGAAGAAGAGAAUGUCACCUAUUGGGAAAUCUUCAGACUUAAAACUGCAGAGAAACUUGAGCUUCUCCGAGGACUCUGACCUGUCCUGUGAUGAUGUCCUGGAGAGAUCAUCCCAGAAAUCAAAGGCAGAUUCUGUUUAUGUUCCUCACGCACUGGCGUUCAAGAGAUCAUACGCCACAAAGAAAACCUACACAGAGGAGGAGCUGAAUGCCAAGCUCACGCGCAGAGUCCAGAAGGCUGCACGACGACAAGCCAAGCAGGAGGAGCUCAAGAGACUACACAGAGCCCAGAUCAUCCAGAGACAGUUGGAGCAGGUGGAGGAGAAGCAGCGGCAGCUGGAGGAGCGAGGCGUCGCUGUGGAGAAAGCACUGAGAGGAGAAGCAGGAUUGUAUAAAGGUACUUACACAUUACCCAAACAGCACAAAAGAAGAUCAGACUAUUGGGGAGAUUCUAAUUACAGUGAAAUCCUGGACUUGCAUCUGAGCGUUGAGCCCUUUGUGGGGAUGCCUCGCCGAAGACCACUCUCCCUGUGCCCCUGCUGUUCCCCUGAAGGUAUGGGCAAGAAGGACGAUCCCAAAUUGAUGCAGGAGUGGUUCAAGCUGGUCCAGGAGAAGAACGCCCUGGUCCGCUACGAGUCAGAACUCAUGAUAUUUGCCAGAGAGCUGGAGCUGGAGGACCGCCAGAGUCGCCUGCAGCAGGAGCUCCGGGAGCGAAUGGCCGUCGAAGAUCAUUUAAAAACGGAGGAGCAGCUUGCUCAGGAGAAGCAGAUCCUGAAUGAGAUGUUGGAGGUGGUGGAGCAGCGCGACGCCCUCGUAGCCCUCCUAGAGGAGCAGAGACUUCGGGAGAAGGAGGAGGACAAGGACCUGGAGGCCGUCAUGCUCUCAAAAGGCUUCAACCUUAACUGGGCCUAACAUGAGUCGCUUAAUUGCUCACCAGCUUUUUGGGGAAAAGGGUUUGCCUCAGCCCUGCACACUUAUCGUUGAUGUGAUUUGUCUUCUGCUCACCAACAGUUGGUCUAAAACUGUCACACCUACAGCAGUGAAUGUGUAAAAGGAAAGUUUCUCCAACACAACACCCAAACAAACACACGCGAAACAGUCUGCAGCGUUUACAUAUCCUCUGCCUGAAGGCAGUCCGAGUUAAUCACUGCUCCUCUGUGUGGGAGAAGAGCAGAUUCACAGCUUCAUCAUCCCAGCCUUGAAGUGGAUCCCUUCAAGCAGGAAGAGGGGAGGGCUUCUGGAAACACGUGUAAAGACUUCAUUCUGGAUUUUGUAAAGGGAAGAAUGCAGUUAAGUCCUGCUGAUGUAAAGGAAUUGUAUAAAAAGAGAAGAAAAAUAUGUUUUGUGUAUAGUUGUGUUGAACAAGUUGCAUUUUCAGGAGAUGAAGGUCGUCUGUUUUCCACAGACUGCUCCAGAGGUCGGAAUGUGGGCACGAUGUUUCCGGGCUCUUCGCUCUGGAUGUCGGGCCGACACCUUCGGCUCACACGGCUUUUCUUCCCACUAAAACUGAUUUUAGCAUCUUAAUGAACAGCAAAAAUGCCACGAAAGUCUAUUUUUCUUUUCUUUUCCCCCAGAUGUUAGCAAGUCAACACUUAGCAUCCAGUAACUUCAGCCAUUUUUUUUUGCAUUUGUCUGUGUUACUCUAACAGAUUAAUUUAUUUUUAUUGUUUUUGCUUUCUCAUGAGAGUGCCCAGAGUCUCGUUAUCUUGCACGUGUGCAACGUUCGUGCACUCCCAGGCCAUUGCAUGUCAGGAAUUAAGGCUGCAGGCACAGGAAGAGAACUUUAACCUUUCCGUUAGCAUUUCACGUGACGUAAUAAUGAGUGAGUUAACAUUCACUACGUAUCACACUGACGGUUAAGGUUUACUAAUACUUGCUCACUAUUGGAUUGUGCUGGUUGUACUGGUUCCUUCUGUGGGAGCCGGGACCUGUUGAAAGGAUUCUCAGAAUGAACUGUAUUAACAGUGUGAUUGCAUUAUUUCUUUGUUAAUGGCAGAUGAUUUUGGUUUGUAUCCCUCACUCCGUGCCACUGGACUUUCUCCGUUGGUGUAUAUGCUGUGAUAUCGUCCACACCACGCUACACUACACUAUUCUGAAACAAGAUGCCUUUUUAAUAUUCAUUCUCCCCAACUUUAUUUAUAAUUAAGUUUAGUUGUUUUUGAGUUUGUCACAUCAGCACAUCCCCCUUAAGAUUUUUUACUCUUUGUAUAGCAUGUCCUGAAUGUGGCGCGAAUGAGGAGACUUGCAUCAGACAUUUUGGGUUACCUGGUGGGCAGACAAAUCAAAAGCCUCUCCAGUGGCUGUUUUACUGUACAGAGGCUUAAUUUAUGACUUGAUGAGAGCUGUGGAUAAAAAGUUACAUAAUUUUAAGGCUUGUUGUUUUAGAUGGUGUGUGAUAAGUUUGACUUGAUUGUAUUGAUAUUUAUUAACAUGUGUGCAAAUGUAUUAUAUGUAAAGAAAAUGAAUCCUAAUUUUUAAACUGUUCUGUUGACACGACUCGUAAUGUAAAUGCUUCAUGUAGCUAAAAUACAUAGGGGUGUUGGAUGUAUGCUGAAAACGGCAAUAAAACAAUGCAGUUCUUUUACAUGUUUGUCUACUACAAUCCAACUUUUUAGUUAUAUGGACUGUCAGCUGGUUUUAGCCUUGAGUUAAAGCUAACAUUUACUCGUUUCAGUGUUUGCCCCUGCAAGUGGAAGAAAUCUGUUCUCUACGAUCUUAUUAUGAGCUCUAAUCUUAUAACUUAUUUGGCUAAAAUCUAUUUCUACAACUAACAUGAAGCGCUGUAGCAAAGGAAUUUACUUUAUACCCAAAUAGAUGUAUGGCUGGAUGAUGUAAUGCACAGAAUUGGGGGUGUAGUUGCAUAGAUACCACCAAAGUCUGCAUGAAAUCCUUGACAAUAUUAAACAAAACACUAAACUAUUUUACCAAAUGUUUGUGGGGACUGUGAUGGAACCAAGGCUGCUUGGAAAUAGUCCAUCAGUUUGGUGUUGCACAAAGUUUGAGAACCCUCUGGAGACCAGAUGAAGACAGAAUGGUUGGUGUCUAAAAACUAGAUGCACAGAAUAUUCCAGUAUAACAAGAAAAACACAGAAUUGUAAAUUACUUGUUAUGCAGUGAACUUUGUUGGACCUUCUUGCCUGGCGACUGUCAACAUGUCCUAUUAAAAAUUCAAGAUCCCA